UUCUAGAUGACCGUGUGGGGCAACGUUCGGAAUGAAGCUGCCAUCAUGUCAUCCACUGACAACGGCACUGAUAUUGGGGAAUUUUUGGCCAACAUUAACUUGGGGCAGUACUUGCCUAACUUUAAGGAGUAUGGCUGUAACGUUGUGACAGAUUGUGUGGGAAUCGAUAACAGCGUGCUUCAACAAAUGGGAGUCUUGCCUACAGGGCACCGCAGAAGGAUACUGAAGCAGUUAGACACCAUACUAAAGAAGUUAGACACCCCUCUUUCCAAAAUGAAAGGAAAUUCUCUCCUCUGUGAAAAUCUAAAAUUCAAAGACUUGAAAGCUCUAGAAGAGAAGCAAUAUUCCUCCUCAGAUCAGGAGUCUCCAGCAAGUGCUUCAAGUGUAGAUGGGCCCAGCUUGAUACCUGCAACAUUGUCAGAACACCUUAGCAAAGCUUACAUUGAUAAAGAAAGGUUUGAACUUGCAGAGCAAAACUCAUCAGAGGCAAAUGAUGACAGCUUAACAAGCUCAGAUUUUUCUAGUUUAUACCAGAAUUCAGACAGCAUACUCAAAGCCAUCAGUCUAAGUGGAAACACUAAGACAAAUACUCAGACAGAUAAACCACUGGAAGAAGCUGCUGCAUACCAAGCUGAUGAGCACUUGGCUGGCUCUUUGACACAUGGUGAUCCUCCUUCAUUUGCUUAUUCAUGUGAGACAAAAUGCAAUGAAAACAAACAUCUCAUGUGUGCAGAUGAUGAUUUAUCUGACAGUGAGCCAAAAUCUCCAUUCUUUAAGUUUAAAGGAGAAAUGAUAGACAAUGACUUAUACGAUUCUUGUGCACAAAACUGCACGAAGGUGUUUCCAAGGGCGAGCAGAUCUUUCAUAUUAAGGCAUCGACCUGUACCAGAAAUUCCUGAAUUGAGUAAAGUUCAAGCUUCCUCAAGUUCCCUUCAGAGAAGAAGAAAUGUGGAUCUUGUAAAUAUUUCCUGCACUGGGAGGCAAAGUUCACAAAACAAAACUUCCACAGAAGAAAAGCCACCUGUCAUCUCUCCUUAUGGGGAAACUUUUAUUUCUGACAACACUAAAGAUGCUAAAGAGCUUCAUGGAAAGGAAUUCAUGGCCUGUGAAAAUAAAUACGAGCUGGGAAUGAAUGAAGAAUAUUCUUCUUGCAAGAAUCUAUGUUCCCUUAAUAAUCAGGAAGAGAAGACAAAGGAACAUGCGAAAACUGAAUCCCUGUCUCAGGAAACCAAAUCAUUAGCCCCAGAAGAAUCUGAAAGUGAAUCUGUAUAUUCUAUUGUGGAACAACGUUCUUUGCCUUUGAAGAGAAAGAAAAAUAAAGCCAAGGCACAUGCAGCGUCUUGUAGUAAGAUACAAAGUGGAGAUUCAGAUGGCUUGGCCAGUGAGCAAAUGCAUUUUCCAGAAGCUGAUGGAGAUCAAACCUCGAGUGGGAAUGAAUCGAUCACGCCAUAUGCUUGUUUUUAUGGACCAUCAGUAAAGAAGGUUAAAGCAGGAUGGCUGGAUAAAUUAUCCCCUCAAGGCAAACGUGUGUUCCAGAAGCGUUGGGUUAAGUUUGACGGAGAGAGCAUUUCUUACUACAACAAUGAAAAAGAGGUGUUCUCAAAGGGAAUAAUACUGCUGUCAGCUAUAGCAACUGUAAGGGUUCAUGGGGAGAAUAAAUUUGAAGUGGUCACAUCCCAUAGGACUUUUGUCUUCCGUGUGGAUAAAGAAGAAGAAAGGAAUGACUGGGUUAACACCAUGCUCAAUGCCUUGAAAUGGCAGUCUGAUAAUAACUCUCACUCUGGAACUUCUGUCACCCCUGAGAAAAGUGGAUAUCUUGAGCUGAAAGGAUACAAAGGCAAAAUCUUUAUUCUACUUCAGGGGAAUACUGUGUGGAUCUGCAAAAACGAGCAGGAUUUUAAGACAGGAUUUGGUAUCACUUUAAUCCCUAUGAAUGUGGCAAAUGUAAAACAAGUGGAUCGGAGUGCCAAGCAAUCUUUUGAAAUAAUUACUCCUUAUAAAAGCUUCAGCUUUACAGCAGAGUCGGAAAGAGAGAAACAAGAGUGGAUUGAAGCCCUGCAGCAAUCGAUAGCAGAAACUCUGUCUGAUUAUGAAGUAGCUGAGAAGAUUUGGUUCAAUGAGUCCAACAGGAGCUGUGCUGACUGUAAAGCUCCCAGUCCUGACUGGGCAUCCAUCAAUCUCUGUGUUGUCAUUUGUAAGAAGUGUGCAGGGCAGCACAGAUCAUUAGGACCAAGAGAUUCAAAGGUCCGGAGUCUAAAAAUGGAUGCCAGCAUUUGGAGCAAUGAACUUAUUGAGCUCUUUAUCAUCAUUGGAAAUAAGAGAGCAAACAGUUUUUGGGCAGGAAAUCUUCCUCCAGAUGAAGAGCUGCAUAUGGACGCCCCUGCAGAAAAAAGGAUAGCAUUCAUUACACAGAAAUACAAAGAGAGGAAAUUCAGGAAAGCACCUUUUAGCUACAAAACCAAGGAACAGUUGAAUAAGGCCCUAUGUGCUGCUGUAGUUAAACAAGAUGUGCUAGAAACUCUGAUGUUGCUGUUCAGUGGGGCUGAUGCUAUGUGUGCUACUGGAGACCCUGUUUACAGUACUCCAUACUUACUGGCCAAGAAAGCUGGACAAAGACUGCAGAUGGAAUUCUUGUACCACAAUAAGUUCUCAGAUUUCCCAAAUUAUGAUCCCAGUUUUGAAAGUGGUUUCUCUGAAGACUGUUCACAUUCCACCUUUCUUUGUGAAUUCCUAUACAAAGUUUCUUCUAAUACUGCUAAGCUUCUCACGGAGAAGAAAUUAAAAGAAGAUUGCAACAGGAGAUGGUGCACUUUGGAAAGUGGCUUUCUGAGCUACUAUGAAAAUGAUAAAUCUACCACUCCUAAUGGUAUGAUUGACAUCAGUGAAGUUAUCUGUCUUGUAGUGCACAAGUCAGACUUCUUCUUAAAUAGAGGGGACAUCUUUACCUUUGAAAUCUACUUAAUGUCAGAACGUGUUUUUCUGUUUGGAGCUGAAACUGCAUAUUCACAAAAAAAAUGGACUUGGGCAAUAGCCAAGCAUUUUGUUCCUCCUGUGGCUGAGUGCUUGUUAGAGAGAGACUGUGACCUGUUGGGCCAGCUGUACUACAAAGAUUGCCACAACCUGGAUCAGUGGAGGAAAGGCUGGUUUGCCAUUGAGAAGUCAAGCCUUUAUUUUUGUCUUGAAAUGGAGAAUGCUGAAGAAGAUUCCAUAUAUCUAAGGAGGCUGCAAGAGCUAACAAUCAGUAGUGUGAUGCAAAAUGGGGAGAAAAUAGAUGUCCUGCUGCUGGUUGAGAAAGGAAGAACACUAUACAUCCACGGCCAUACAAAACUGGAUUUCAUGGUCUGGUAUACUGCAAUUGAAAAAGCAGCAGGUACAGAUGGCAAUGCUUUACAAGAUCAGCAGCUCAGCAAAAAUGAUGUUCCUAUUAUAGUGAACAGCUGUAUAGCAUUUGUUACACAGUAUGGUUUAGGUAGCAAGCAGAUCUACCUUAAGAAUGGUGAUUCUUCCAAUGUGGCUGAACUGCUGGAAAGCUUCAAAAAAGAUGCAAGGAGUGUUAAACUGAGAGCAGGAAAACAUCAGCUUGAAGAUGUGACGGAUGUAUUGAAAAGUUUUUUUUCUCAAAUCGAUGAUGCACUUCUCAAUAAAGAACUUUAUCCAUUCUGGAUCUCUGCAUUAGAUACACAGAAUGAGAAGGAGCGUGUCAGGAAGUAUGGGACCUUCAUUCGGACGCUGCCACCAGUCAAUAGAGCAACUCUGGCUGCUUUAAUCGAGCAUCUUUACAGGGUGCAGAAAUGUUCUGAAAUCAAUCAUAUGGACCCUCACAAUCUAGCCAUGGUGUUUUCCUCCUGCUUAUUUCAAACUAAAGGCCAAACUAGUGAAGAAGUCAAUGUGGUUGAAGAUCUAAUUAAAAAUUAUGUGCAACUUUUUGAUAUAAAUGAAGAGCAGGUCAAACAAAUGGAUAUAGAGAACAGCUUUAUUACCAGGUGGAAAGACACUCAGGUUUCCCAGGCUGGAGAUUUGCUUAUUGAAGUUUAUGUGGAAAGAAAGGAGCCAGACUGUAGCAUUAUAAUCAGGGUAUCACCUUUGAUGGAAGCAGAAGAAUUAACCAAUGAUGUUUUAGGGAUCAAAAACAUUAUUCCAAAUAAAGAUGAUAUCUGGGCUGCUUUUGAAGUACUCGAAAAUGGAGAACUAGAACGUCCUCUGCAUUACACAGAGAAUGUACUGGAACAAGUUCUUCACUGGAGUUCACUCCCAGAGCCUGGCACUGCAUACCUGAUAAUAAAGCGAUUUCUAACAGCAGACAUGAUAAAAUCCUACAGUGAGCAAAGUGAGAAAAGCAGUGUGAAAGCAGGCAAUCUGAAGUACAAAGAAGAACCAUCAAAACUACUCUCUGGAAACAAAUUUCAAGAGCGUUAUUUCGUGUUACGGGAAGGAAACUUGCUUCUGUAUAAGGAUAUGAAGGCUAGCAAACCUGAGAAAGUGUUGCCUGUCAAUUCUCUGAAGCUUUAUCUUGGAGUGAAAAAGAAAAUGAAGCCACCAACAAACUGGGGACUUGCACUAUUUUCUGAAAAGCACCAGUGGUAUAUAUGUUGUGAUGGACAAGGGGCACAGAUGGAGUGGAUGAUCAGCAUUUUUAUUGCUCAGCAUGCAGAUAUAUGGCCACCAGCUGGAAAAGCAAGGAAACAGUCCAUAACUAAAAGUCCAAAGAUUGGAGGCUUAGCACUAAUACCCAUUCAUCAGGAGACGAGCACUUGUAAAAUCAGAGGAGUUACAGAAAACAUAGAAGUGCAAUCUGGGAAACAAAGAUUUGGUGAGCACCGUGAAAAUGACUUUGUGGCAGAAAGAAAAAACUUGAAAGAAAGAGCCUCUCUGGUAGCACAAUGCUUGGAAAGGAAGGAGGAGAAGGUGAGAAACCACGCCAAAACACAGCGGGGCGCUGCCUCUGAGGACGCGGGUGCAAGGAUGAGUGACCUCCACCAAAGACCACAUAAGGCUCUGAAGAAAAAUAAGCACAAAGCAAACAAAACUGUGGUGGGAUUAGAUCACAAAUUACCAUCAAACGUGAUUCAGGAACUAAAUACAGUGCUGCAGAAGAACAGAGCACUUAACGAUGAAACCUCCAGCUGAUUUCCUGAUAGAAACAUAUCUCUGUGUGCGUUUUCUGGGCAAAAGGAGUCUCUUUCUCUUUUCUUUUUUUUUCCUUUCAUGUGUGAGUUUGUACAGUGCAGAGGAAAUAUAAUUAUUUUAUAUGUAGCUGUUGAUUUUUAUGGAUGUGUGUUCCACAUGUUCUAAUUUAAGAAUGAACUGAGAGAACUGAUUAUGUAAAACUCCUGAAGCUUGGAAGUUUUCCUGUGCAGUGCAAUGAAACCAGGGGUUUGGGUUUUAUUUUUCUGUUGUUUCAGGCUUUAGUUUUGGUUGUUGUUGGGUUUUUUUGAUACAGUAAUUCUAAGCACUAUGAAAAGCUUUUGCUCCUGUUUAUAUUCUGUGACAUCUCAUAAGUACUGGAGAGGUAUUUUUGGAAGGAAGAUGAAAUACACUGAAAUUCGUGCUGUUGGCUUUCAAUAUUUUUUUAAUUCUCUUAACACUAUAAAAAUGAGUAACAUCUGCUUUGAAAAGUGGAAGGGGUUUAAUGUAACUUGUAUAUUAUAUUUAAUGAUAACAUUAAUAUCUGCUUCCAGAGAUUUGUCCUCUAACAGGGCAGCAUGUGAAAGAAUCCAGAGGGAGAGAACAGGGUAGAAAAGACAAUGUGUUAAUUCUCAGAACUGUAUCUCUAUGGUCUACAUCUGAUUAUGACAUCUAAGCAAUGAGAGAGAAUACAGAGGGUGACCAAAAUGUUCAUCAAAGCAACAUCUAAUUUGAAAGGGUGCAUGAACUGGAAGAGUGGCAUCAUCUCUUUUUUUGCUCAGAAGACUGAGGUAAUUUUAUAAACAGACUUUGGUUAGCUCAAGGUGAAAAAGGCAGAUUUUUUUCCCUAUCACUGUUUGGACAGAGCUCAUGUGGUACUGACAGAGUUGCUGGCAUCUGGUGAAUAUUUAAUAUUUGCAUGAGAAAUGAAAUUUCUUGAGGAAAAAAAUGGUCACCACACAAAGCUAUUUAUUAGAAGGGUACAUGUAGCAUUAGGACAAGGGGCAGUGGUUUUAAGCUA